UCGUUUGUUGACGAUUUGUUAACUUAACCUAAAAAAAUAGCGUUUUUAUUUUCGAUUCGAAAUGGUGAUAGAAACGAAAAGAAAAGCCGAAGAAUCGGCUUUAGUCCCUUCUAGCAAAAAAACAAGAAAUGAAUUAGCUGUAACAAACUCAAAAAAUAAGGCUUUAGUACAAACGUCUGUACAAAGAACUUCGAAUUUAUUCUCACCCAUUAUGUUAUUGGAGGGACAUGAAGGAGACGUUUUUAGCGUAGAGUUUCACCCCGAGGGGCAAUAUUUAGCAUCGUCGGGAUUUGAUCGAAAAAUUUUGGUAUGGUCUGUAUAUGGUGAAUGUGAAAAUAUAUCAAUGAUGUCCGGACAUACCGGGGCAAUAAUGGAACAUCAUUUUUCCCCAGAUGGUUCACAAAUAUACACAGCAAGCACCGAUUAUACUUUGGGGUUGUGGGAUGUACCGACAGCUCAAAAAAUUAAAAAGUUUAAAGGACACACUACCUUUGUUAAUUGUGUACAAGGAGCUAGGAGAGGUCCCCAAUAUUUAGUUUCUGGUGGGGAUGAUUUUACCGUACGAUUAUGGGAUAUUCGAAAGAAAAUUCCAGUUGCAACAGUUAAUGCUACUUACCAGGUUACAGCUGUUUCUUUUAAUGACACAGCUGAGCAAAUAUUUUCUGGAGGAAUUGAUAACGAUAUAAAAGUUUGGGAUGUUCGUAAAAACGAAAUUUUAUAUACAAUGAAGGGCCAUACUGAUACUGUAACAGGACUUUCUUUGAGUCCCGAUGGGUCUUAUUUGCUUUCAAAUUCGAUGGAUAACACUUUGCGGAUAUGGGAUAUUAGACCUUAUGCUCCACAAGAGCGUUGUUUAAAAGUUUUAACCGGUCACCAACACAAUUUUGAGAAAAAUCUUUUAAGAUGUUCUUGGUCUGCGGAUAGCAAUAAAGUUUCGGCGGGAUCCGCGGAUCGUUUUGUUUAUGUUUGGGACGUUUCAACAAGGAGACUGUUAUAUAAACUUCCAGGGCAUAACGGUAGUGUUAAUGACGUUGAUUUUCAUCCGAAUGAGCCUGUUCUUGUAUCAGGAUCGAGUGAUAAACAAGUUUAUUUAGGCGAAAUAGAAGCCUAAAAAAUAAUUUUUAGGUUAUAUAGCUUAUUAAUAAAAGAUUAUUUUGAUUGUCAUAAUGUUUAGUAAUGUGUCCUUUAAGCAUAAUAUAUACAAAAAACAGUUUAAAAAAAUUAA